CUCAAGAUAAGGAGCUUUGCAAGUUCAAGAAACCACCUCAUAAUCCAAAUCAUAUAAAACACAUCAUGGAUCUAUCCCUAGCUCCGACAACGGCAACAAGCUCCGACCAAGAACAAGACAGAGACCAAGACCUAACCUCUAACAUCGGAGCAAGCAGUAGCUCAGGCCCCGCAAACAACAGCAACAACUUCCCGAUGAUGAUGAUUCCACCGCCGGAAAAAGAACACAUGUUCGACAAAGUGGUAACACCAAGCGACGUCGGAAAACUCAACCGACUAGUAAUCCCUAAACAACACGCGGAGAGGUAUUUUCCACUAGACUCAACAAACAACCAAAACGGCACGCUGUUGAACUUCCAAGACAGAAACGGCAAGAUGUGGAGGUUUCGUUACUCGUACUGGAACUCUAGCCAGAGUUACGUGAUGACCAAAGGAUGGAGCCGUUUCGUCAAAGAGAAAAAGCUCGACGCUGGAGACAUCGUCUCUUUCCAACGUGGUGUCGGAGAUGACUCCCAGAGAUCUAAACUCUACAUCGACUGGAGGCAUAGACCAGACAUGAGCCUAGUUCAAACACACCAGUUUGGUAAUUACGGUUUCAAUUUCAAUUUUCCGACAACUUCUCAAUAUCCCAACAGGUUUCAUCCCUUGCCGGAAUAUAACUCCGUCCCUAUUCACCGGAGCUUUAACAUUGGAAACCACCAACGUGGUUACUAUAACAAUCAGCGUCAAGAGUUUGUAGGGUAUGGUUAUGGGAAUUUAGCUUAUUACACGGGAUCACCGUUGGAUCAGAGAAGCAUUGUUGGAUCAGAGCCGUUGGUUAUAGAGUCAGUCCCUGUGGUUCCCGGGAGGUUAACUCCGAUGAUGUUGCCACCGCCGCUUCCUCAGCCUCCUUCCACGGCGGGAAAGAGAUUAAGGCUAUUUGGGGUGAAUAUGGAAUGUGGUAACGAUUAUGAUCAACAUGAAGAGUCUUUGUUGGUGCGACGUGGCGAAAUGGGUGCUUCUUCCUCUUCUUCAGCUCUCGGAUUCAAUUUAUCGAAUGAUCAUGAUGAUGAAGGUGAUGAUGAUCAAUUUGCUAAGAAAGGAAAGUCUUCGUUUUCUCUAGAUUUCAGUCCAUGAUGAGGAGCUUCAUCAUCUUCUAGUCUUUCUUUAUUCUAUUACGUUAGUUAAUUUUCAAAUAUGGAGUUAGAUUCCUGCUAAUGAGGGGGGAAAAGACGAUCUUCUUGGGUUUUUUUUUUGGGUUAUGAGUUUUGUUUUCUACAUGUUUCUUGAUGUUCAUCACUAGGCUUUUGUCACCACGUUGAAACUCGC